AUGGACUGGGCCGGGCUGCCGGCGGAGCUGCUGAUCGAGUUCGCCGUUCGCCUGACCGUCAUCGGCUGGCUCAACUUCCGCGCCGACGACACGACUACCGCCACCUUCUUCUCCUUCCUGGACGGCCGCUGCCGCACGGCGCCUCUGCCGGAGCCGGCGAUCCGGAGCCCCCUGUGGAUCGGCUCGGCCCGCGGCUGGGUCGUGACCGCCGACGAGGAGUGCUCGCUGCACCUCCUCAACCCCAUCACCGGCGCCCAGCUCCCGCUGCCGUGCAUCACCACCAUGGGCGGCUUCUUCCAGGCCCUGCCGCGAACCGCCGGUGGCAAAGCGACCGGGUUUCUGUUCGACGAGAGCUCAUUCCUGGCGGUCCAUUGGCCGGAGAGAGCCUUCUACGAGCAUGCACGGCCAGACGAGAUACCCAUUGAUCGAAUGCCGCAGCGCUUCCUCCGCAAGGCCGUACCCCUACGGGACCCAGCAUCAGGCUGCGGCGGCGACGGCGAGCACCUCGUCGUGAUGAUCCACGGACCCAGGUACAAGCUCGCGUUCGCGCGCCGGAGAGAUGCGAGGUGGGUGACGCUGCCGUCGCCGUACCUGUUCGAGGACGUCAUACUUCACAAGGGGCAGCUGUACGCGAUGACGGCAUGCGGCGCGCUCCUCGUCUGGGAGCCGGACGGCGAGACGUUCAGGUCGCGGGUCGCUGUCCCGGAGCACGAUGAAGGCGAGGAGUACGUCGUCUUCAGGAAGUACCUGGCAGAGUCGCUGGAUGGUGACCUGGUGCUGGUAUGGAGGGAGCACAGGAGCAGCAAUGGCGGGGACGGAGAGUCUGAUGACAGCAGCACGAGCGACGACGACGACGGCGGUGACUAUGCCAAGCCCGAUCCGACCGUAGGAUUCCAAGUAUUCGUCCUCCGCGAGGGCCGUCAGGGAAGACGCGAGUGGAAGGAGCUGCGCGAUCUUGGAGGCGCCGCACUUUUCAUUGGCUACAACUCGGCGGUGUUCUUCCCAGCCGGUGAGGUCCCCGGUUUGCUACCUGACUGUAUCUACUUCACGGAUGACACGGUAGGCAUCAUCUCCUGCCGUAACAAGCAGGAGCCCCGCGACAUGGGGGUUUUCACUUUUCAGCAUGAAGAACAAAGCCGUGCCUGA